AUGGUCCCGGUCACAAUCCCACAAUUUCUCCUACCGCGGGGCAUCCCGUCGACCCGGGCCUUCCAAUCGUUAACCCGCGCAAAUGCAACCCACCACCGCAUCACGACCUUGACCUUGACCCCGAACCGGCGAUGCGCAUCAGACAACAGCAAGGCGCGGGUACUAGCCCAGCCGGACAAAUUCCGGCCUCCAUCCCACCCAGCGCGCAGAGUCGUGCAAACGCGCAAUGGCAAGAUCGUUGGCAGAGAGCCAGUCAACUACCCGGGACCCAAGCUAUCCGAGAAAGAGCGCGAGGAGCAGAAGCAUAGACAGUAUCCGAAUAUGUUCCCGCCCGAGGGGACGGUUAUGUAUAAAUUUUUGACGAGUCGGUGGAUUCAUAUUUGGAUUGCUAUGAGCGUUCUUACAACCUUGGCUACGUUUACCUUCACUACGAACUUUAAAAGGUCGUCGCCGUUUGCGCACUUGCUUCCGUCUUGGUCGGGUCUUCUCUCGCACCCGAUUGAUACUGUGUCCCAGGCGCUCUCUGUCUUCCGGAUGCACGUGCAGCAUACUUCUGUGCAGACCAGGGAGAAGCGACACCAGCGCGUUGAAGAUGCGGAGAAGAGACGGCAGUAUCGGGUUGCUCAUGGAUUGGAGGAGCCGGCUGAGGAGAAGAGCGAGGCCCAGACUGAUGUGGUUGAUGAUCAGUCCCCGAUAGCUGCUGACCUGGAGCCGAAGCAGGGAAGUGAGGAAUAUGUUGAUUGGGAUGGAAAGAGAAAGCCUGUUAAGAAAUGGUUGGGAAUUUGGUAG